AUGCCUAGUAUGUCGAAAAAUUUGUGGUCCAAAAAUAUUGGAAUGUCAAUAAUAUUUCUAGUAUUGGCUUAUGCGCUUCAAGUUACUAUAAGCUUUAAUUGGUGUGUUAAGCAAUUUUGCGAAGUGGAGGCAAAUAUGAACUCAGUGGAACGUUUAGUUCACUAUAGUGAGAAGAUAGAAGUAGAAGCUAAAAAUAUAACACCAGAAAACAGACCACCAGCAGGAUGGCCAGCUCCAUCUCAGUUGAUAUCAUGGCUUCUGAAAGGAUUGGAAUUGUUGGUUGAACUGGAAGUGGAAAAUCAACAUUGGCAAUUUCAUUCUUUAGAUUUGUUGAAGCAACUUCUGGAAGAUCCCGUACUAUUUAAUGGUACUAUAAGAAGCAACUUGGACCCAUUCAAUGAACAUAGUGAUCUUGAGUUAUGGAAUGCACUUCAUAGUGUACACUUAAUUAAAAAUUACAUCCCUGCUUCUGAAAAAGAAGAAUCAGAAGUUAUUUAUUCUAUUUCAGACCAGAAAAGUGACAAACAAGAACCAAUAACGCUUGACUUCCCUAAUACACUUAGAGAAGAGUUUAAGGAUAGUACUGUUAUCAUUGUUGCACAUAGAUUACGAACUGUCAUAGACUGUGAUAAAAUUUUGGUUAUGGAUGCUGGAAAUGUAGUUGAAUUUGAUAUUCCAUAUUUAUUGAUGCAAAAAUCUAAUGGGUGGUUUAGAGGAAUAUGUGAUAGAAGUGGUGAAUUUGCAGAAUUAAUGGAAAUUGCUAAGCAGAAAUAUGAGAUUAUAUCAUCGACACAUUGA